AUGCCCACCCUUCACCAGUUCGAUUACAUUUUCGCCAUCGGCCUCAUCUUCGCAUUCUUAGAUGCCUGGAACAUUGGUGCCAAUGAUGUCGCUAACAGUUUCGCGACCUCGGUUUCGUCGAGGUCGCUGACCAUGAAGCAGGCUAUGAUGAUAGCGUCGGUGAUGGAGUUUGCGGGAGCGCUGGGUGUUGGUGCGAGAGUAGCGGAUACCAUUCGGAGUAAAAUCCUCAGUACUGCCGCCUUUGAAGCGGAGCCGUCCAUUCUUAUGUUGGGAAUGACUUGUGCGCUUGUUUCUUCCUCUGUCUACAUGACAAUGGCAACUCGGCUCGGUAUGCCCGUCUCAACAACUCACAGCAUUAUCGGCGGUGUUAUGGGUGUCGGAAUUGCGGCACUGGGUGUUGAUGGAGUGAACUGGGGCUGGAACGGCGUCUCGCAGGUCUUCGCAGCUUGGGCCAUUGCGCCUGGACUUGCAGGUUGCUUUGGUGCCAUCAUCUUCCUCGCCACCAAGUAUGGAGUGAUGAAGCGUAAGAACCCUGUCAGAGCCGCCUUCAUCAUGAUCCCGGUGUACUUUACCCUCACCAGUGGUAUCUUGACCAUGCUUAUCGUGUGGAAAGGAGCUGCUUCUGCAUCCGCAAACGUCAAGACCUGGGGCGCAGGAGAGUAUGUCGGUGUCAUACUGGGAACAGCGCUUGGUGUUGGCCUUCUCUCUGUAAUUUUCUUACUACCAUGGCUCCAUCGAAAGCUCAUUAUGGAUGACUGGGAGAUGCGGUGGUAUCACAUCUUCCAGGGACCACUCUUGCUCCGACGUGGACCUGUCCCACCAAACACCUCUGGCACCGAGAUCGUUCAAAAUUAUUACGAAGGACACAAGACCAGAGAAGAGCUAGAUCAGGAAGGUAGCAGCAUCCCGCACCCAGCAACCGAUAUCGAGACCAACAACAGCGACGAGAUCAAGAAUAAGGAAGCCGCCGAGGGUAUCACAUCAGAGCGAACUUCAGGAGAAACCCCCAAAACCACCGGUCUGAGCAAUGUCAACCCCGCACCGAUGGUCGGCAAGUGGUAUGAACCCAAGAAUCUCUUCGAGACCGCCAAGAGAGCCUUCUUCCACGGUGUCGAGGUCGAUGUCAUUGCGGAACAGCAAAAGGCUUCCAUCCUCGCCGGUAACAUUGAGGAAAUGCACGCCCGCGCCAUGCACUACGAUAACAAGGCUGAGCACGCUUAUUCGUUCCUCCAAGUCCUCACUGCAGCAACUGCAUCUUUCGCCCACGGUGCGAAUGAUGUCAGUAAUGCAAUUGGUCCUCUUGCUGCUAUCUAUCUCAUCUGGUCUACCGGAAAGCUGUCAUCCAAGUCUCCCGUCCCCAUCUGGGUUCUGGUUUAUGGAGGUGCUGCGCUGGUCAUUGGUCUCUGGACUUACGGGUACAACAUCAUGCGCAAUUUGGGUAAUCGUCUCACCCUGCACUCCCCAUCCCGCGGUUUCUCAAUGGAACUCGGCAGUGCCAUUACAGUCGUGAUGGCCACCCGUCUCGCCCUUCCUAUCUCCACUACUCAAUGUAUAGUUGGUUCCACCGUUGGAGUGGGACUGUGCAAUGGUGACGUUAAGUCGAUUAACUGGAGAAUGGUUGUAUGGAUCUAUCUUGGAUGGAUCAUCACUCUCCCUGUUACUGGAAUUAUCGCUGGUUGCUUGAUGGGCAUUAUUAUCAAUGCCCCAAGAUGGGGAAUGGCUCUUUAA